AUUUGAACCCUUGCAAAUACUACUUCCAUUGUUAUGAAGAUGAUUGCUCUGAAAUCCCUACAUCCUUCCUUCAAACUGAACAAGAUCAAGUGUAAUAUCCACUGCAAAAGACUUCACAACACAAGAAGUUAUACUUUGUGCCUCUGCAAGUCCAAUGGGUCUGAUUCUCAAGCUCCUCAACCAGGAGAUACAAAAAAACAAGAACUUCUAGCCCAAAUUGUCACGCUUCAAACUCGAAAAAUCCGCCUUACAGAAUAUCUUGAUGAGAGAUCUGCAUACUUAACUCAAUUUGGUGAAAAAGCAAACUCUGAGUUUGAAAAGAUUGGAGAAGAUGCACUCAAAGAAUUAGAUGAAGCUAGUGCCAGAAUAACAGCAAACAUGGAGAGCCAGAUGCUAGAAUUCGAGGAAUCUGCAGAAAUUAACAGACAGGAGAUUCAAGAGCGUGAAAACAAGUUAGCAGAGUUUGAAGUUCAAAUGGAAAACGGCAGAAACGAAGGGCUAUUCUUUAAGAACCUCAGAAAGAAGGUACCUGUUGUUGAUAAAGCAAAAGCCAAAGAGGAGGCGGAAAAAAUUAAAGAUGUAACCAGACUAAAGGCUGGUAGCGGAAUCAGGAAAAACGCUUACCUCUUCUUCAUUGGCCUGCUGACCUUUACAGUAGUUUAUUCUAUUGCGUCGCCUUCGACUGAUUGGAGAAAAGUUGCAGUUUUUGGAGCAAUUCUUGUGGCUUUGACUUCUCAGUUCGUCUAUGAACAAAACAUGUCAGCAGAAACUAGAACCAUAAGAAAGACCAACAAUGAAGAGGAAAAUAAAUGAGUUCAAUUUUUACGGUUAUUUGUUGCAAGUUUAUGGUAAAGACAGCUUAUUAUUAAUGUUGCAUGAUACAAUAAACCCAAGUAUAGUCUUACAACUUGGGCCUGAUAUUAUCAUGCAGAUUUGCUUUGGCAUCAACCACAGAAGAUAUUGGAUGAUAUCACUAAAACCACCAAAAUCUGAGUAACUGGAUUAUUCUGUGAUGCUGAUUAAAUUCUUUAUGACCUAUGUCAAUACAGAAAAAACAUAUUUUCUCAA